UACCUAGUAACCCAUCGAAAUUCACAAAACGUUCUCAUAAGCGCAAGCGCAAUUCAUAUACAAUCUGAUACAAAGCGUAAUGUACAUUUUUGACGUUAGACUAGAUGAAAUCCAAAAAAAAUGCGUUGAUUACAUCAUUGAAAAUAUUCAACUACAGCACUACAAUGGAGGUUGAAAAGAUAUCAAUGAAUUAUCGUCUUGGCAUGUAUUCAUGGAUAUAAGGCAAUUCAUAUUUGUGUAUAUAAUAUCAAUAAUAACGCAAGUUUUACUCAAAAUGCAGUUAUGUUUGUGCAAUUCAGUAGUACCCGUACAAGAAGGUAAUCCAUUAGUUGAAAAUAUGCACAAUUACACUAAUUUGAACAUAUUUCUGUGGUCUGGAUCAGGAGAUAGCGAGGAUGAAACUACAACCAUCGCCAAGUCUCCUACUACUGCUUACAUUGAAGACCCUGAAGACUGCAUAGGUGGACAAGACUGUAACAUUCGUCUUACAACAGCUUUCCCUCCGAUCACUGAUGUGAUUGAUGUACCUCAAACCACUAACAUACCCGAUCAGAUUUAUUGGAUUGUUACAGAAUUCCAAACAAAGACACCUGUUAACCUAACUUCAAACAUAAUCGAAGACAGAUUAUCUGCACUUUACGCUUUAGCGUUUAUUAGACAACAAGCUAAACACUUAGGGCUCAACUCUGUUACCAACCGGACAAAUAGUGGCGACAACGAUUCAAAUUUCUACCGGGAUCGCAGAUGGAACGUUCAAGACAACCGAAUUCGGGUUGAGGUACGAAUCUUACCUGUGUCGAAAGAGUUUGACUUGGUUUAUUAUGUUAAAGUCAAUGGACGGCCAAUUACUGCCACUGUUGCAGUGCAUGAUAUGAGUCUUGUCACAGCACGUGAAGUCACCGAUCAUCUUGGUUACGCUAUUAAAAUCAAAGCUAGACCAUAUUUAGGAGAAUCACUUGCGCUAAAAGUUCAAGGAAUUGCUUACGGACAGAUUUUCCUUUACGCCAGUUUAGUAUUUUUAAUAGUUUUAGCUUUAAUAAUUGCAGUACUCAUAAAUCAUCAUAAGAAAAACAAACAAAAAAGUACUCGUUCUAAUAGAGGGAGGAUGGCGUUCAACGUAGAUCAGACUCCUCACAAAAAUGUAAAAACCGAAGGAACAUCAACUGAAGAUAUAAUCAAAGUUCAUACACCAGAACCAUUACCAAGAAGCAAAAACAAAAUUACAGAUUCUUUGCUGUCUAUGCAAGCAGCUAAUAAGUUUCAAAAAGAUUCCUUGCCAGGUCCACUAACUCAAGUUUUAGAAAAAUGCGAAGAUAAGAAAAAUUUUCAAAAAGUAAGUAGACACGAAAGCAUUGAGGGGCAAGACCCUGGUGUAGUCGGACCCAUUGUGUGGGACUUGCACUGCAAGAAAAUGGAUGUUACAAAAAUAGCUAAUAAUCUGGAUAACGUAUCCUUGUCAAGUUUUGAAACACUUAAUGCAACGGAAAAUAAUGUGACAAAAAUGAGACAGAGAUUUCACGACUUAUUGGAUGACGCCUUUACAUUGUUUGGCAGCCGAAAUUCGAGUUUGCAAAGUAACGAUAGCAGCCAUUCGUCUUCUAUUAAUGAUUUAAGAUCAAAAUCUGCUCCUUUUAGAUCUUCCACUACUUCAAGAGAUCUUGAAGAAGAUAGGCCAAAGACAUCAGUCAACCCCGACGAUUUGACUCCAGAAGCUAGAUGUUGGGCACCGCCACCUUUGGGUGAAGCUUGGAUAGGAUCAGACCAAUCUAUAUUUGCACCUCGUCCUCUUAGUGCAGGUCCUUUCCAUCGACCUACUUUGAACACUGAAUUUAUCACUACAGAUGCUGAUCUAUCUCCACAAGAUCCAGCCGUACCUCUGAUCAAAGCUAUACGCAAAGAGCUCAACAAAUUUCCAUCAAAUAAUUUUGUUGACUAAUCACGAUAAGUCAGCGCGAUACGUCAACGCAUUGUCAUAUCAUUCUAAUUUAUUAAAGUUU